CACUAAUUACUACCAAACCGCUAUUCUCAACCUAAAAUAAUUUAUGCUGAAUUUAUUGCGCGGAAUUGGGCUCUAGAGAUCUCCGAAAACUGAUAUCCACCAAAAUGGAUCGUGAGAGCACGCCGCAGAAGCAGCGCCAGAAGCGCAGCACUAGCAGUCGUCGUGCUACCACCAACUCCGCAGCUCAUGGCGCCCCAUCCCGAGCCAGUAUGAGCUCAAUGCCAGGCCCUGCACGCGCGUUCCGGCCGCGUAGUCGCACGGCAGCCUCUCCACCAGCAGCUAUAAUGUCCAAGACGCCAUCCAUGCUGCUACGUCCACCCUCAGGUGGCUCACCAGGGCCCAUCGGCGUUCUCUACGAGCCGGACGCCACUAGACGCAGUAGACACAGCGUGUCAGACCGAGACAGCCACCUGCAGGUUAACACCAGACCCUCUCCAAGUCAUCGACACAGUUCACGAGCAGGUUCUCCAGGUGCCCCACCCCCACGACCCCAAACCCCCUCUACCCUCCAGCAGACCAAGGUCAUCCCGCCUUCUACCAGUGUGAAGCUUAUUACCCCUCAGAUGCAAUUUGCAACCGACUUGUCCGUAAAUUUGGGGAAUUGUCUGGAACUCACGAAUUUCACAGUAGUGGGGGUGAUGGGACUGGAAAAUGUGGGCAAGUCCACGGUAUUGUCACUUUUGGCGCAGAAGAAUAAGCGAGAUAAGGAGAUUUUUUCGACUCGAAGCCUGGAGGCGCUGGUGAUGGAUAGACAUGAGACGACGGGGGUAGAUCUCGCCAUCUCGAUGGUAGGGGGAUCAGGCCACCCAACGGUGUUGCUGGACUCACAGCCAUUACUGAGCAGCUCGAUGUUGGCGGAUUUAUUGGAGCGGAACGAGUCGCCGCGGUUUGGUGCUCUUACACCGGAGCAGCAGAUUGAGGCAGCAUCCUACCAGAUUGCGGUGUUCUUGUGCUCGAUUUGUCAUUACGUGGUGGUUGUUCAUGAUGGUUUGGCGUAUCAGGCUUCGGUUAAUGAACUUUUACGUAAGAUUGAGCAGAAGUUUGCGCAAUGCCGACUACCCAGUGUGUCGGGCAACAGUCAAAAACACACGGCGCAGUUACUUUACGUGGCUAACAAUGUGGCAGACUCGGAGUUGUUGUACCGCGAGAACGAGCUGUUCUCAGCUCAUAUACGUGCUCUCGAGGCGGCGUGGCCACAAUCGCUGGUUCGUGUGUCUAAUAACAUGUCGACGUACAGUGACCCUGCCGAUGAUAAUGAUGUCCUCAAUGUGGCGUCAUUCGUGCUUCCACAUCGACAACAAGUUGCCCGCGGAAACGAAAAGGGGAAGCAUCAGACCAAGACCAUAACCUUUACGUCCAGUAAAUACUCGGAGUUCGAGGAGGCAGCAGAAGACUUCCAGCGAUUUGUCCUGAGUUUACCGAGUUCGCCCUCGUUUACGCCACAGGUGUCGACGUCAGUGAUGACGCCUGGAUCAAAGCCAUUGCCACCCCCACACGCGCUCUCUUUACGUGAAUGGCUUAGCAAUGCCUCCCGUGUGUUUGAAGCUGUGCGCAAAGCUAGCUGUUUCACCGCCGAAUACACAUCGUCGCGUGAUCACCACUAAGACAAUCGAACGCCCAAGGUUUCGACAUAAAAAAUAUGAAGACGACAGCGGCGAUUUAGCUUCACAGUGUCGGCAGAUUUAAGUCCUGCAAGUUAAUGAACACUGUGAACAUAUUCAGCUCGUAGACUUCACGAUAUCAUGCGGGCGUGUUUCAAGUUGCUAUUUUCUGAAGUUCUCCAUCAAUAGUGUCCAAGCUCGGCCAAAUGCAUUCGAGAUCUUCGCCAUUAAAAGGGGGUUAACCUUUUAAUGGUGUAGAUCUCGAAUGCAUUUGCUCAAGCUACACACAAGCAGAUACUCUAGUUAAUGACGAGCAGCACGAGGUUCCGAUGGAUUCCGACGAGCAAGCUCCCGAAUGAGCCAAAGCCUUCGAGCGUUACAUGAUCCAAGAAUUGCGUUGCAUCCAGCGACAACCGGCAAACUUUCAGGGGGGACAGCGUAACAUGCAGGAGACAUUCCGCCAAAUAAUACGAGUGGGUGAGGGCUGAAUGGGCAACAAACGACCAACCCGAUUCUGGAAACAUGGGAGCUGCUGCAUACAACUCUCGCGUUGUUGCUAAUGCGGCAGUUUGCCGUCGAUCGCAUCGUUUCCGUCGCUUCGUUAAGGCAAGACCUGAUCUUGAUAAUGAAUGACCUUCCAGUCACCCCAGCUCCACUCCGCCAGAUUCCUCUGCUCCAAGUUGGUGACGUCGUCCCGCAAGAGUUUUUCCCAGCGACCCCUACUGCGUGCAGCAAGUGGUGUCACGUCAGAUCAACGAGCUCAGUAUCCUGCUGAAUGAGGAUUUCAACAUCGACCGAGCUGAUAGGAUUGCAGAGCGGCGUCGCAAACUACUAUUCUAUCUGUCGAAAGUGUUGUAGACGUGGAAAGCAAUCACGAAGAUCUGAAAUGCUCGCAAGCAAGCACAACUAUCUCUUCUUUGCUCAGUUUACCUUGACUUUAUCCUUGUCACUGCUGUUAUGCCUUCCGACGAACGUGUCCAUACCGUUUAAACCCCCACCUAAGCGAACCACAACGUCAUACACUGGCACUGGUAGCAUACGUGAAAUGACAGGGGCCCAUGAUAAAGCAACCCCCCUCCAUCCUGAAAAACACGACACCAACAGCUCGUCCCCACGUCGUAUCGAGCGGUAGAUCGCAUCAACCACUUCAGACUCCGACAGCAUUGGAAUGCAAAAGCGCGAGAUCUUGAGAGCCCAGUCGUCUGCACUCAGAACUCCAGCAAACAUUCCCGUGUCCACAGCAGCAGGACAAACCAACAGCGUCCGAAUCGACGUGACCUCGUCGCGCCACAGCUCCAAGCGGACUACAAAUGAAUCAUAAAUUAGUUAGUACACAAACUGCAGAUAACGAUGACAGAGCACGAUCAUCUCACGAGAUUCGUGGAAGGCAUUCACUGCCGCUUUGCUCGCGCAGUAGUCGGUUAAUCCAGCGCUACUGGUCAUUCCCAUCACGGACGACAGAGUCACUAGCAUCGCUUCCGAUGCUUUCUUCAUGGACGGGAGUGCAUUUCUCACUGUCCAGAAAUGCGCCAGUGUAUUCACUGCGAACGUCUUCUGAAUCUGCUCCGGUGUCAAGUCUUCAAGUGACUUCCCCAUCACGAUACCUAGCAACUCACCGUGAGAAACGUUCACUCCUGCCUAAUUAGCAAUCACUCCUACAUACCAGCAUUAUUAAUCAGCACUCCGAUGUGUUUUGGUGCCACAUUAUCAACCACGCGAGCGAUUGUCGCUUCAACCGACCUGUCAACACAGAGCAGCACCUUCAGAUGACUCGAAUCUCUAUCAGCUGUAACUCCGUCACCUACCGAUGAUCUGCCACAUUACACUCGUAAAUAAUCACCCGUUUGCUUCCCUCUUCAGCGUCUUGGGAGUAUAGUAACUCCGUCUGAAGCGCCUUGAGAGCCUCUGUAUCAAUGUCCAGUAGUGCCAGAACCACGUCUGUCGUCUCUUUGAACACUUUCUGCGUCAAUCUCCGCCCGAUACCGCUCGCUGCGCCCGUGACCACCACCACCUUUCCUUCUAGAGAGAAUGCACGUCCUCUAGUAACCCCC